UCAGGUUCCGCGCCGGCACGAAGGCGUGAUGACGCCCACAUCUUUAUCCCCAAAGAAGAAAAAGAAAAAAGCCAAUAAAAAACUUCCCACCCGUUCCUUCCUAUUCGGUCGUCGGUCCUAACUCCGGUCCCUCCUCCCCUUGUCGCGUGCUUGCCGUGGCGAUGUCGGCAGAUAUGAGAAGGAGACUCUAAGUGCCUGCUUCUGCUAGAAAGACAUCAAAACUCAUACACUUCUGUUCAUUUUAUGAAUUCUCAACAUGAAGUUUCUAGAAUACACUCCUUUAGACAGUAUAAAUCUUUUCCUCGAUCAUUUGAAUCUUGGAGAAAGUACUAUCAAAGGGAAUCUUGAAGCAUUCUCAUGUAAACAUACAGGGACUGAUCGAAAGCUCUCACUUAGCUUAGAGCAUGAGAUUCUUGACUACCUCGGGCAAUCUUCUGAUAGUGACCCUUCAUCCCCUGUGGAGUACUUGUCUAGUAGAUCAAGUCGCAGAACAUUGAUAUAUCUGGUUCUUACUCUCAGUCAUAUGUAUCCAGAUUAUGAUUUCAGCAGUGCAGUGCGGGCCCAUCUGUUUUUCAGAGAAGAAGAAUGGGAGACUUUCAAGCAGAUAUAUGACACGUACUUGUUUGAAGCUGCUAGGGUAUGCUUUAAUCUUACAAUAGGUUUUAUCAAAUGGAUUUGAUAAUACUGUCUGUCUUCCUUCUUCGUACCUCUAAUGGUAUGAUUAUGCCCACGUUCAUGUCUCAUGCCUCUGUUUAUCAAUACAAGGGUGUGCAUAUUUUUUCAGAUUUAGCAGGGGUUAUUUCGAAGGUUGCUGCUUUCUCCGCUCCUGUGUAAGGAGCGAGGUGUUGUAAUGUAGCAAGUGAAUCUGACAUUUGGGCUACCACAAUAGUGUAACAUAGCCUGGUAGAAUGUUGUAUAAAGUUCAUAUAAAUGGAGAUUUGAUGGAAGUGCAUAGCCAAUGGUGGAAAGAGGAAUUUGAGAAUGUGAAAUUUUGAGGCAGUUGCAUUAAUUGCUGAAUGAGACAAUGUUUUUUAAAGAAGCAACGAGACUCCAAUAUUCAUUCAAGAAUCAAUAAGACUCGAAUCUUUCUCA